AUGAACAGCCGUCGACGGUCAGAGGCAAGCACCCCGGUUGAGAGUGACUCUCCAAGAUCAGUGGACACACCGGCCACGGAGUCUUCAUUCCUCUUUGACAACCUCGACGUCCUUUUGCAACGACUUCCUGUGGAGAGCCAAUAUAUUCUUGUCACAGGUGGCUUAGGCUUCAUCGGAAGCCACACGACCUUGGAACUUCUCAAGGCCAAUUAUAAUGUGAUUGUGAUCGACAACCUCAGCAACGCCUUUGAGGAUGUUCUUAACCGCAUCAACUCCUUGGCGAUCGAAUUCCAUGAAAAGAAUGGCACCACGAUGCCGUCAUUGUGCCUGCAUGCACAUGACUAUCGAGACACUUCAACGCUUCGUACUCUCCUCGAAGACUAUCGGCUCCCAUCUCGAUGGGGAGUUCCAAAGUCAAGGAUUGCCGGAGUCAUCCACUUUGCCGCAUAUAAGGCUGUGGAGGAGAGUAUCCGAAACCCACUGAAGUACUACUCAAACAAUGUGAGCGGCAUGGUGGACUUCGCCACGACACUUGGCGACUUCGGGAUCAAAACGUUCAUCUUUUCGUCCUCUGCAACAAUAUAUGGGACGCUCGCGACUUCAGGGUUGCCAUUGAAAGAGGAGCUCUGUGUCCACAAAGAGGAGGCGUACACAGAUCAUACCGGAGUUUCAAGGACACUGCAGCCCGGAUGUACUGGCAUCACUAACCCCUACGGCCGCACCAAAUGGAUUUGCGAAACGAUUCUGGCCGAUUUGGCUGCAUCGGAUCCCGAAUGGACGAUUGUUGCUCUCCGGUACUUCAACCCUGUCGGGUGUGAUUCGUCUGGAUUGUUGGGAGAGGAUCCGCGCCAAGCACCCACGAACCUUCUGCCGGUGGUGGUCAAAGUCAUGACUGGGCAAUAUGAGGAGUUGCAGAUGUUUGGGACAGACUGGAACACCGAGGAUGGCACAGCUGUCCGGGACUUUAUCCAUGUCACAGAUCUCGCCCGGGGCCACAUUGUCGCGCUCAGUUCGGCCAAUGACGGAAAGCUAAAGGAGAAUUUCCGGACCUUCAACUUGGGAACGGGGUGUGGCCACUCGGUGUUGGAAGUGGUGAAUGCAAUGGAAGCGGUAUCUUCAAAACCCAUUCCUCGGCGGGCGGCUGAGCGUCGCGAGGGUGAUGUGGGAGCCUGCGUUGCUGUCGUAGACAGGUCCCAGCAGGAGCUUGAGUGGAAGACAGAAAAGAGCCUGAAGGAUGCUUGUCAGGAUAUUUGCAACUUCUUGGAUGUUAGUGGGCUGUCGUCAUAA